AUGAUUAGGUCUGAUGUUGAACCAAAAUGUUUGACUGAAUUGUUUCUCGUGGCAGCUAUUUCUCCCGCCGAUGUGAACUACGGUGAGACGCUCAGCACUCUGCGGUACGCCAACCGGGCCAAGAACAUCAUCAACAAACCGACCAUCAACGAGGACGGAAACGUGCGGCUGAUCAGAGAGCUGCGGGCCGAAAUCGCCCGACUCAAAGCUCUGCUGGUUCAGGGCAACCAGAUUGCUCUCCUGGAUUCGCCCACCGCUCUGAGCAUGGAGGAGAAGCUGCACCAGAACGAAGCCAGGGUUCUGGAGCUGACCAAAGAGUGGACCAACAAGUGGAACGAGACACAGAAUAUUCUCAAGGAGGAGACGCUGGCUCUGAGGAAAGAGGGGAUCGGCGUGGUGCUGGACUCUGAGCUGCCUCACCUCAUCGGCAUCGACGACGACCUCCUCAGCACCGGCAUCAUCCUGUACCACCUGAAGGAGGGACGGACGUACGUUGGCAGAGAGGACGCGUCCACAGAGCAGGACAUCAUCCUGCACGGUCUGGACCUGGAGAGUGAACACUGCAUGUUUGAGAACCAGAACGGUAAAGUGACCCUGGUGCCGCUCAGCGGAGCUCAGUGUUCAGUUAACGGAGUUCAGGUGACCGAGCCGUCGCAGCUCAACCAGGGUGCCGUUAUUCUGCUCGGCAGGACCAACAUGUUCCGCUUCAACCAUCCGAAAGAGGCGGCCAAGCUGAGGGAGAAACGAAAGAGCGGCCUGCUGUCCACAUUCAGCCUCUCCAUGACGGAUCUGUCCAAGUCCUGUGAGAAUCUGUCCACGGUGAUGCUCUACAACCCCGGUCUCUUCACUGAGAAGGGCCCCGUCUUCCUCAGGUUGGAGUUUGAGCGACAGCAGCGAGAAGAGCUGGAGAAACUGGAGCUGAAAAGGAGGCUGAUCAAGGAGAUGGAGGCGAAGCACCAGAGCGAGAAGGCGGAGCUGGAGCGCCUGCAGCAGGAGGUGGAGAGUCAGCGGAAGGAGUCUGAGGAGGUGCAGCAGCGGAUCCUGCAUCAGGAGGAGAGCCUCCGCCGCCGCAGCCAGGACAUCGAGAGCCGCCUGAGAGACUUCCUGGAGGAGAAACAGCGCUUUGAGGAGGAGAGGCGCUUGGAGAUCCACAGGGAGAAACAGCAGGAGGAGGAGGAGGCUGAGGAGGAGCAGGACGAGGAGCAGCGGCGGCUGCAGGAGGCCGCGGAGCAGACGGAGAUCUACCGCGAGCUGGAGAGGCUGAAGAGGGAGCGUGAGGAGCAGAAGGUCCGCCUGGAGACUGAGCGGCGGCGGCUGGAGGAGCAGGAGCGGGAGCAGCUGAGUCUGGUCGGGAGGCUGGAGGAGCAGCUGAGGGAGAAACACGAGGCCGCCGCCACCCUGCUGACCCGGGAGGACGCCCGCCGCCUGCAGGAGGAGUGUCGAGCCCUGGCUGAGAUCAGGGAGGCGCUCCUCCGGGCCAAAGAGGCUGCAGAGCGGCCAGAUGUGGAGGACGCCAGCGGGGAGGCGAGAUCUGCUCAGGCGCGAUACACGGACUUCAAGGAGGCGCAGGUGAAGGAGCUCGGCCAGCUGGAGGAGGGGCUCCGGCAGCAGAGGGAGCAUCUGGAGAAGGAGGUCACCGCGGAGCGCAGCGCCCUGCUGCACCUCGCCCACGGCCUCAAAGAACGACACCAGCAGCUCAAGGAGGCGCAGGAGAAGGGGGCGCAGGACGCCACCGCUGUCUGCCAGGAGGAGCAGCUGCUCCGACAGGCGGAGCACAGACUGCAGUUCAAGGAGCGACAGCUGGCCAGCGUGGCCGACGGCCUCCUCCCGGCGCUGGCCGAGGAGAAGCAGAGAGCCGUGGAGGUGCUGGAGCGCAGCGGCGGAGGCAGCAACGGGAACUGCGACAGCCCGCCGGGGCUCGACAACACGCUGUUCCAGGUGGAGAAGGAGCUGGAGGACAAGGAGGAGAAACUGAACCUCCACUGGCACAGCGCGCAGCAGCUCCAGCAGCUGCAGGAGACCUACGAGUUCACGGCCAACGUGGCGCGGCAGGAGGAGAAGGUGAGGAGGAAGGAGAAGGAGAUCCUGGAGUCGAAGGAAAAGCAGCAGAGGGAGGCGAUGGAGCAGGCGGUGGCCCGGCUGGAGAGGAGGCACUCGGCCCUGAGACGCAGCGUCUCCCUGGAGCCCGACACCGAGGAGCAGAGACACAAGAGCUCGGUCAGCAGGAACCAGAGGACGGGGGCCGACCUGGACCAGCAGAGCGGCGGAGGCAGCAACGGGAACUGCGACAGCCCGCCGGGGCUCGACAACACGCUGUUCCAGGUGGAGAAGGAGCUGGAGGACAAGGAGGAGAAACUGAACCUCCACUGGCACAGCGCGCAGCAGCUCCAGCAGCUGCAGGAGACCUACGAGUUCACGGCCAACGUGGCGCGGCAGGAGGAGAAGGUGAGGAGGAAGGAGAAGGAGAUCCUGGAGUCGAAGGAAAAGCAGCAGAGGGAGGCGAUGGAGCAGGCGGUGGCCCGGCUGGAGAGGAGGCACUCGGCCCUGAGACGCAGCGUCUCCCUGGAGCCCGACACCGAGGAGCAGAGACACAAGAGCUCGGUCAGCAGGAACCAGAGGACGGGGGCCGACCUGGACCAGCAGAGGUCAGAGACUCCGAAAAAACUAUAA